UUCAGUGAUGGCAAGUGGCCGUUCGGGGGCGAGGGCCAGCCCACGGACGUCCCGGCACCAUCGGGGCCGGCCUGCCAACAGAUCAGCGAGAUGCUGGCGCGGGCUGAUAACAACGCAGGGGAAUAUUCCUUCGGAGGGCAAGCGGCCACGCUCCCAGCAGUCCCUGGACUCUAUGUCGAUGGAGUGGGGCUCGUCCCCGUCCCCUUGACGGAGGAGCACGCAACGAAGCUAAUUGCCACGUGUGACAAGUCCCCCUUUGGGAAGAGGUUGAGCACUAUGAUGGACGAAAGCGUCCGCAAGAGCUGGCAACUGGCGCCGGACCAAGUGGAGAUCAAGAACCCAAUGUGGCAGAAUGGAAUCGCAACCUUUACUGAGAUAAUUGCGGAUCGUUUGGGCUACAAGGGCGUGCCGAUGCAGUGUCUUCUGUACAAGCUUCUGGUGUAUGGGGAAGGAGGUCACUUUGUCAAGCACCAGGAUACGGAGAAGGAGGACGGAAUGGUAGCGACGUUGGUGGUGCAGCUGCCCAGAGUCCACGAAGGAGGAGACCUUGUAGUGUAUCGACGUGGAGAGGAGAAGUACCGUCACGAUUUCGGGAAGAGUGACGGCACGGCGGCGUACCUGCCGCACUAUGCGGUGCACUUCGCGGAUGCGGAACACUCUCUGGAGCAGGUGACCAGCGGGUAUCGACUUGUACUCGUGUACUCGGUUUGCUUGCCACCGACAAUGCGUCACCUGAUGAGGAGCCACGACCAGACACUGAGUGAGGAGCUGGCUGGAGUGGUGAAUGCUAUGGGCCAGGACGACGAGUCGUUCGCGCUUCUGCUGUCCCAUGAGUACACAGAGAAAAGUAUCGGUGAGCUCGGCUCGCGUGCACUGAAAGGUGUCGAUCGCGCAAGAUUCCAAGCUCUUGAAGAAGCCAACGCUGUGGUCUCCCCAGCGAAAAGACUGCAAUUUUUUAUUGCACAGCUGGAACUUGAUGAGGAGAACGAACGCUACGAGAACAUCAAGUGGUACUCGCCAAGGGGGGAGAGUAUUGCUCAUUCCAUACGAUCCAAGUUGGAGCUCAACUUCCUCAACCCGGGGCAGGAAACGUUUUCUGGACUAUGGGCAAACCGUGGUAACAGCACAUUUGAGGGAUACCUCGGUAAUUCUGGAGCAACGAGAAACACGACCUAUUCGCGGUACGCUGUCGUUGCGUGGCCUGCGGCUCAGGGUGUGGAGAAUGCUUUCAAGUACAUCAACGUUAACGCGGCUGUUGGGGCCCUCCAAGCGCAGAGGCCAGUUGACGCUGUGCUCCUUCGCCGGUUUAUGGAGGUGGUUAGUGCUAAGUUAGCGGCGCCACGUGAAGGGGUGAAUUCGUGGGAUCAUCCGAAGACUGUUUCCGUUGGCUUUUGCUGCUCGUUGUGCGAGCUGUUGGUGGAUGCUGGAGAUCCGGCUUUGGUGCACUUGUUCUUCAGCAAUUUCGUAAAUGGCCUGAACCAGUAUGACAAGAAGGAUGACCUUGUUGAUGGACUCAUUGCACUGGCUGGUCGGUUCGAUUGGAACGAUAUUGGCCAAGUCUUGCUGGGUUUCUUGGACAGAACUAUUACAGCUGAUCCCAUGCGCAUGAGUCACUACUACUCUCGCGUGGCCAGCAAUGCCGACGAUUCAGGACUGAGAAUGGCGCUACGAAUUGCUGAUGGUUUGAACGCUGGAGCUGCUCAACAAGCUCUAAUCCGAGCAGCAGCGGAGAAAGCCGCGCAGCUUCGCGGGGAUGAGUUGAGCAAGUCCAGCGUCGUUGGAUUGCUGUGGAAACGGGCCAUUGGAUGCGGUGACAUGGAUAUAUUCAACAUCGUCGCAAAUAAGUUCUCGGACACCAAGCCGAGCCUGCUGCAACCAGUCAUUGAAGCGUUUUCGCAACAUAUCGCUGUCGUUGACGCGUCCGAUAACAAGUUCGCUGUUCUAGCCUCCAUCGCCGCCAAGAGAAUUGACUGGCUGAAUACCCAGCUCCAAUCCAUGGGUCAACCGUUCUCGUGGGAAAUGCCGGAUGCGCAUUUCCCUGACAACGCUCAUAUCCAGGCAUUUCUGCGAGGCCCCAACGUCUCUAUGGACACCAUCGGCGCGACCAGCUUUCUUUGGUUUUCAGAAAACCAAAGAAAGCUGGUCGAGUACAUGGCUGAGGUGAAGCAGUUGCAAGAUCGCUACGGUGGAGAUGUCACUGGUAACGCCAGAAAGCGCGCGCGCGUGGAUCAGCCGAAUACCAUACCUGAAGGCAUACCUUCACUAAUGUCAUACCUUCAGUAG